UGGACCCUCGGUCACACAUGGCAUGUUCUGGUUAUUGUCAAAGCAAUCCAUCCUGAAUUUGUGACCCACUGCAAGUAUCUCGGUACCAUCGGCGAUUCACGGCCAGUCUGUAUCUACGAGAUGGAGCAUCUUCCUGGGACUGCUCACAUAAUGGCGUGCAUGCCUCCAGACGAAAUAUCCCGACAGCAUAACACUAUCAAGGACUUUGCAAGGCUCUUUGUACAGGCAUGGAACACCAAUCUACAGCCAUGCUCAGAUACAACCGCGGCCUUGCUUAUGAAGUUUCAACCAAGUUUUGACCUUCUUGCUCGAAACCUGCCGUCUCGCUUUGCAUGA